UGCUGCUGCUUAGCCCUGGCCUCGCCUUUGGGGCUGCCCCCCAGCCGCUGCACUGUGCCCCUUGCACGGAGGAGAAGCUGGCGCUGUGUCCACCGGUGGCUGCCAGUUGCCCAGAGAGGGCCCAUCAGCCCAGCUGUGGCUGCUGCCAGACAUGUGCCCUCCAGAUGGGGGAGGCCUGCGGGGUAUACACCGCACGCUGUGGCCAGGGGCUCAGCUGCCAGGUGCAGCCAGGGGACCUCAGACCCCUGUAUACUCUCACCCAUGGGCAAGCGGCAUGCCUGCCAACAGCAGAUGCAGAAGGGAUGCGGAUGGCAGAGGCUGCAGGCUCUAUGGAACCUGAGGAUGCACCUCCAGAAAGUACUGAAAUAACACAAGAUCGAUUGUUUAACUAUCAUCUGAGGUUCCCUAAAGGCCAGGAAGAGUCUAUGCCUUGGAACGCCAUCAGCGCUUAUGAAAACAUGAAAGCAAAGAAAAUCACCGAACUAAAGAAAUGGAAGGAGCAGGGGCCUUGCCAAAAAGAACUCUACAGGGCACUGGAUAAAUUAGCUAAAGCCCAAGAGAGAACUGGAGGAGAUUUAUACAAAUUCUAUUUACCAAACUGCAACAAGAAUGGAUUUUACCAUAGCAAACAGUGUGAAACUUCGCUGGCUGGAGAGCCUGCUGGAUGUUGGUGUGUGUAUCCAAGAACUGGGAAAAGAAUUCCUGGAUCUCCUGAAUUGAAAGGUGACCCUGAAUGCCAACAGUAUCUUGGUUCACAAGAAUAAGGCUAAACAUAUGACAGCAUUUCUGUUUGCUCAUGCAAAGUCUUUUGUAGGGUCCUGAUCUGCCAUUAUUUAGGGCUGAUUCACCAUGGUACUUAAACAUGUGCUAACUUUGAGCAUAGGAGCAGAAGGGACUUUGAGAGGUCAUCUAGUCCUGUCUCCUGCACUCAUGGUAGGACUAAGUAUUAUCUAGACCAGCAUACCAGCAAAACUGAUGUUGGUAAUGCUCACUCCCAUGAGGAAUGCCAUUGAAUUUAGUGGGACUAAUCAUGUGCUUAAAGUGACACACAUGUCUAAG